AUGCUUACAUUGGUGGAAGGGCAAAAACAAGUGAAGGCACAAAUCCGAGAUUUACACAUCUCUCUAGACAAGAGGAGCCAAGAUAUUCAAAGAAGAGCUAGAGGGCUUGAAGACAAAGUAGAUGGAGUCUCCAAGGAAGUCAAGGAUUUAACCACUCGCUUAGCCAACUUGGAAGAGAAGGUCUUGACCGAGGCAAAGACGACCGUUCAAGCACAACAUGCCGCGGCCGUCUUUACUAUAAGAGAGACCGACCCAAGAGUGAUUUGGGAUGAAGAAGAGUAG